AGCCUGGAUUUUUGAACGACUCUCUCUCUCUCUCUCUCUGUUUGAUCGAAGAUGCGUCGCGACGAGAUCUUGAUCGGGAUUUCAUUAGAAUAUUAAAUUCGAGUUGCAAGUCGGUACCUAAUACCUACAACGAUGACUACGGCGAUCGGGAAGAAAAAUAUUGCGAUUAAAGAGAGGCCGCCGAUUGCUAAGGACACGAACAGGGCUAUCUCGGAAUAUUUCCUGUCGAAAAGCGAGGAGCAGACUGCCAUCAAACACUAUCCAGAAUGGGACUUGGUGAAGGGGGAACCAGAGAUCGAGCUGAUGCGGGUCCGUCGCGAGUUACUCACCGCAGACUUGGAGCUUCAAGCAAAGCGCGAGGAACAUCAACAGCGUCGCGAAUUGGCCGAUCGUCAGUGGCAGGAGCUGCGCGAAAAGGAAAACCUGUUGCGCCGAUCUUUUCUCAGAUUCGACGAAUUUGUAAAGGAGAAUCGAGAAAAGCGCGAACGAGCUGUUCGCAAGACUCGCGAUGAGAAGGAAAGACAGAAGAUCAGAGAGGCUGAGAUAGCAGAAUUGGAAAAGAACCUCGAGUACUUGGAAAAAGUGCGAGACAAGAUGCAGAACUACGUUGAGGAGUACAAACCGUUUCAGCAAUACCUAGAGACGGUCCUCGAGACCAAGGAAUUUCAGUCGAUUGCCGAAAUCUUUAACCGCUACGAGACGCUAAUCGCUGCGAGAACGACUCUUGUUCAGAAUCAAGACGACAAUUUACAGGCUCUCGAGAAUACCACUGCGCAGCUGCAAAAAAUGACAGAGGAAAAGUCGCAGAAUCUGAUGGAUUUGAACAGUAGACUGGCCCAGCUGCAGAGUCGCCACGAACAAGCUCGAGCCAAGUCUUUACACUGGGAGACAGUCGUAUCGAAAGUCAAGGAAGUCGCAUCGCGCAAAGAACUCGAGGAAACUCAAGUGCGCGCUUGUAUCUGGAACCUCUACCGACAGAUAUGCCGUCGCAAGGGUGUAGCCGUCGAGGCGAAACGCGACGACCUCGAGCUGCAAUUGCUCCACGUCAAGCGCACGAUCCUCGAACUCGGGAAAAUCGUACGCGCCGCCAAGCGCAAAACGGCACGCGAAGAGAAGCAAAAGGAGCUGGAACGCACUGCAGCUGCUAAUAAGGACGAGAAGUGUCCGGCUGAUCUGAGACGCGAGGAGACCAGGAGUAGCUUCAGAAGUGGCUUUGAUGAGACGUGCAGUUUCAGAAGAAAUUAAAUUGAAAUUUACAAACUCACAUCUUUAAAAUUAUCGACGAAAAAUUUGUAUUUUUUUCAUCAGUUUCAUUUUUACAAUACAAUUUACAAUAGGACUCGCCAUACAAUAACGGGAUACCAUUUCCAGUGUAAACAGCGAGGUACUACGCAAUUUCAAAUACGCAUACAAUUACUUAUCACUGGUAUCGCUUUUGAAUGAUUUUCCGCGACGCAGGCAAGUGGCAGCCGGAAACAUUGUGCAAAAGUUGCGCGUGAUCCUGCUGCAGCCUUGUCUUUAGCUUCUCUUUCACUUCGUCAAGCGUAAGCGGAGCCUCCAGACCUUCGGAUACAUUUUGCAUCUCUUCUUUUUCGACGCAUCUUUACGAUAGUAACGAUAGAGGUUUCGGUUAGACAAUAAUACAAGCGUGGCUUUAUUGGUAUCAAUAAAUAACGAGUUACUAAACAUUUUAGUUUGAAAUCUACCUAUACUCACAAAUAUUUAGUUACGUCUUUUGUUUUGAAAACUUUAUAAAAUAAACGGUUGUGGUUAUAUCACUUCACGUUCAAGUUUAAAAUAAUGACUACUUUUUUGCAAA